GGAAAGGCCAUGUCCAGUCUGAAGAUGCUUCCACUUCUGCUGUUAAUCCACAUGCAGCUUUCCAAGGCCUUUCCAGUAUCUUCUCACACCAAAGAAGAGAAGAGUGUAGAAGUUGUUCAGAAUUACCUAGAGAACUUCUACCAGUUACCAAAGGACCUGUUCCAGUCUAAAAGGAAGAACAGCACGAGCAUGGUUGUUGAAAAGCUUAAAGAAAUGCAGCGAUUCUUCGGGUUGGCCGUGACGGGGAAGCCCAACGAGGAGACUCUGGAGAUGAUGCAGAGGCCUCGCUGUGGAGUGCCCGACAUUAGUGACUUCUCCUUGACUCCGGGAUACCCCAGGUGGCAGCACAAGAACCUCACCUACAGGAUUAUUAGCUACACCCCACAACUGUCAAAGACUGACGUGGAAGCAGCCAUUCAGAAGGCCUUUCAGGUCUGGAGUGACCCAUCGCCCCUGAGCUUCACUAUGGUCUCGCAGGGAAAGGCGGACAUCGAAAUCUCUUUUGUCCAAAGAGCUCAUGGUGACAAUUCUCCAUUUGAUGGGCCCAAUGGAAUCCUUGCUCAUGCCUUUCAGCCAGGCCAAGGUAUUGGAGGAGAUGCUCAUUUUGAUGCAGAAGAAACAUGGACCAAAACCUCUGAAAAUUACAACCUGUUUCUCGUUGCUGCCCAUGAAUUUGGCCAUUCCUUGGGGCUCUCUCACUCCUCUGACCCUGGUGCCCUGAUGUAUCCCAACUACGCUUUCAACGAACCCAACACCUACUCCCUCCCUCAAGAUGACAUCAAUGGCAUUCAGGCCAUCUAUGGACCUUCAGACAACCCCGUCCAACCAACAGGACCAAGCACACCCACAGCCUGUGACCCUCGUCUGACAUUUGAUGCUAUCACCACACUUCGUGGAGAAAUACUUUUCUUUAAAGACAAAUUCUUCUGGAGAAGGCACCCUCAGCUACAAAGAGUCGAACUCAAUUUUAUUUCUCUAUUCUGGCCAUCCCUGCCGAGCGGUAUACAGGCUGCUUUCGAGGAUUCUGACAGGGACCUAGUUUACCUAUUUAAAGGCAACCAGUACUGGGUUCUGAGUGGCUAUGACGUUCAGCCAGGUUAUCCCAAGGAUAUAUCAGACUACGGCUUCCCAAGCAGUGUCCGAGCAAUCGAUGCAGCUGUUUCCUACAGGACAAAAACAUACUUCUUUGUGAACAACCAAUUCUGGAGAUAUGAUAACCAAAGACAAUCCAUGGAACCAGGUUAUCCCAAAAGCAUAGCAAGUACUUUUGAAGGAAUCCAAAGUAGAAUUGAUGCAGUUUUCCAGCAGAAUAACUUCUUCUUUUUCUUCAGUGGACCAAGAUAUUAUGCGUUCGAUCUUAAUGGUCACAGAGUCACUAGGGUUGACAGAAGCAUUCGAUGGCUUAAUUGUUGA